AUGAGCGCCCUCUCCACCCCGGACCUCAGUCCUACCCUCGGUCCUAGCACUCGUCCGCGCAGGCUCUCCUCCCGUAGAGGCUCCGCCGCUGCCGUCGACCCCUAUGGCACCUUCAACGACUCCAACAUGAAUCCCGCGCGCGCGCUCACUAGCCGUCUCACCAUCGUUCGCGUCCCCCAGGUGGAGAUGGAAGAGCCUCCGCGCCGUCACCGACGACACGGCAGCAACGCAUCCAUCAACUCCACCUCCUCGGGCAAGGAGGGUGCACCGAACAGGAUGAGUUUCGCGUUCACCUCCUUCGCUCCCUCGGGGCCCGCAUCCCCUGGUCGCCCCGCGAGUCCCUCGAAAUCGCCCCAUCUCCGCCCUUCCUCCCCGAGCGCGACGCGCUUCUCUGGUCCGCUCUCUCACAGCAAACUGUCCCCCGAACAGGUCGUCGACCUCGCGCGCACCUCGGUCAAUCCCCGCUCCCCUAUGAUCUCCCCCAACGUCGCCGGGGGCAGCGGCGUGCAGCACCACUUCACGCCCGUCAAUUUCACCCCGCUCCCGGACUCUAUCUACGUCCCAUUCAUUCACCGGCCUACGGAGGUCACCUCCCUGCUCCAAGCGCAGCCGAACGCGAGGCUCUUCGCGCUUCUCCAGCAGACCUUCCCACACGACGCACGUGCCCCCAUGGGCCCGCACACUGCGAAGGCACCCUCGGACGCGCGGGAGUGGACGUUCGCCGAUCUCGAAUACUGGCUCAAAAGGGUCGACCGCGAGGAGGCAGACGACGUCGUCUGGACAUACAAGGCCCGUCGCUGCGUCAUGGCGCACAGCGAGCUAAUCUGGGAGCGGCUCAAGGGUGCCCUUGGCGUCCCUCCCGAGCUUGACGUCGAAUAUGACGGUGGGGACUCCGGCCCGUCGACCGUAGUUCUCAACGAGGACCCCAUGGACUCGAACGUGUUCGAGCCGGACUCUCCCGUCGCAUCCAUCCGGACAUUGUCCGACGAAGGCGAGGUCCUCAUCGAGCCCGUCUUCGCGAACCAGCCGCCGCCGUCCUCCGCGGUCGACCCCGUCGGGAUGCACUCCUCGCUCGGCGACCUGCGCGAGGAGGACGAGUCGGAGGCGGCACAGGACAAGAAGGAAGAGACAGAGCAGGAGAUCCACGGCAUCCGCAUCAUCACCUCUCCCAGCACCCCCGCGUACGAGCCCGUCGGCCUCCACUCAGGCUCACCCAUGCCCCCGCUCGGGAGCCCGCGCGUGCAGCCCCGGUUCGCGCCCCCAGCCGGCGCGAACGACAAGGACGUGCCGUACGACGUCCUCCACGAGCGCGGCCCCGGCCACCCGCUCUUCCCCAGCAACUUCGCCCAGCUCGCGCUCUCGCCGACGCUGCACCCUACAAAACGGUCGUACAGCGUCUCGUACCCUCCACGGCCGGCGUACCUGAACCCGCACUCGAUCCGCAUGGGCGGGCAGCGGACAGGCAGCGUCGACGGGGGCUCGGGGGCGCGUUUGCCGACGAUGGUACGUCCCGAGUGGGCGCGUGGCUGGGACUCGAGCAAGCACGAAUAUGCCGUGACGACCGCGAGCGCAGGUUCCGUCAGUGGAGCGGAAUGA